AAGGCGGUGCUGUGACUGUCCCAGAAACGCUGCUCUUCAUCUCCACACUGGAUGGGAACCUCCACGCCGUCAGCAAGAGCACAGGGGACAUCAAGUGGACCCUGAAGGAUGAUCCCAUUCUGCAGGUGCCGGUCUAUGUGGCAGAGUGAGUGUCACCCCCACUGGGCAGUGCAGGAGACUCCCUGAUAACUGAUGGAGCAACAGCAGGAAAGGGGAACCACAGAGAAAUGAAAUGCCCAGCCCAUGCCGUGGCAUCACCUUACCCUGUUCCUGGUGCUGGCACAUGGUGAUGAGGAGGAGCUGGCACCUGCUGCACAGCCAAGGAGCUCUCAGCUCAACUGCACACACCAGCAUGGAGAGAAAUAGAGGGAAAUCCCCCUGAAAGCUCAGGGGCAGGCGGGGCAGCAAGAGCUCCUUGAGACAGGCAGGGCAUCCACCGGCCUGGUGGAUGCACACUGUGUGGCUGUGGGAAGUCCCAGGACUGACCAGAGUGGGAUUUAUCUCCUGCCAAAUCCAGUGCUGCAGGUGCCCAGGAAAGGUCAAGUCCUGCAGGGACUCACCCCGGAGCAAACUGCUAGAGGGGAUUCUGCAGUGUAGCCAUUCUGUGUCCUUGGAGGCGCCUAGGGCAGGAGGUGGCUCACGUUUUAUCCUUCUCUUGUGCUUCCCAGGCCAGCAUUCCUUCCAGACCCCAAUGAUGGCAGCCUGUAUAUCCUGGGAGGAAAGAACAAAGAAGGCUUGAUGAAGCUGCCGUUCACCAUCCCGGAGCUGGUGCAGUCCUCGCCGUGCCGCGGCUCAGACGGGGUGCUCUACACCGGGAAGAAGCAGGACAGCUGGUUCAUUGUGGACCCCAAGUCAGGGGAGAAGCAGACCACCCUCUCAACAGAGGCCUGGGAUGGUCUGUGCCCAUCCAGCCCCUUGCUCUACAUCGGACGGACCCAGUAUGUCAUCACCAUGUAUGACACCAAGUCACGGGAGCUGCGCUGGAAUGCCACCUUCUCUGAGUACUCGGCCCCGCUCUGUGAGGAGUCCUACCACUACAAAAUGGCACACUUGGCCUCAAGCGGGGACGGGCUCGUGGUGACCCUGGACAAGGAGAGCGGGGAGGUCCUGUGGGCACAGAACUACGGCUCACCUGUGGUUGGCAUCUACCUGUGGCACCAGGACAGCCUGCGCCGCCUGCCCCACCUCAACCUGGCCAUGGAGACCCUGCGCUAUCUGACCUUCCAGUCACAGGACAUCCACGUCCUCAAGUGGAGCUACCAGUCCGUCAAGGACUUCGCUGCCACCAAGACCCAGCUGCUGCCGGCGCUCUACGUGGGGAAGCACGCCGCCAGCUUCUAUGCUGUGACCUCCCUGGUGCACGGCAGUGUGGCGCUGGUGCCCCAGGGCAUCACGCUGGCCAGGAUCGACGGCCCCACCACGGACGAGGUGACCAUGAGGGAGUCCGGGGAGUGCGAGAUCACGCCCAGCACGGACGUCAAGUACCCACAGGGCAGCAUCGCCUCACCUCCCAACCAGUGGCUCCUCAUAGGGCACCAUGAGCUGCCUCCUUUGGUCCACACCACGAUGCUGCGAGCCUUCCCAGAGAACCUGAGGAAAACCACGGAAACCAUCAUCCCCAGGGCUCCUCCCAGCAGGACUGUGUUCGACGAUUUCCUGGCCCCGAGCAGCCCCGAGGAGCCAGCUGUCCGCAGCGAGGGGCAGCUCCAGCCAGACCCCGCGCCGGGGGAGCAGCUGGAGGUGUACCCCGAGUCUGGCACCUGGGACCUGGUGAUGGCUGCCGUUGGCACGGCUCUGCUGGGCGGGGGAAUCCUGCUCCUGCUGCUCGUGAAGCUGCAGCGGCAGCAUGUGGCUCAGCAGCAGCAGCUGGAGGAGCAGAUACAGCUCCUGCAGCAGCAGCAGGAGAUGCUGCUCUUGGGCCGAGUCUCCAGGGAGGGCAUCCCUGAGGAGCCCAGGGAGCUGGAGCUGAGCCAGGGAAGUGCCUCAGAGCUCUCACAGAGCUCCAGCCCCUCUGCCUGCCUGAAGGACCCGGCUAACGGGACAGUCAGCCCAGAGCCAGCUGUCCCAGUGGCUGCUGAAGAUGCAGAACCAGACCUGGUUGUAGUUGGGAAAGUUUCUUUUAACCCCAAAGAUGUGCUGGGCCAUGGAGCUGGAGGAACCUUUGUCUUCAGGGGGCAGUUCGAGGGCCGCAGUGUGGCCGUGAAGCGCCUCCUGCCCGAGUGUGUGCACCUGCUGGACCGCGAGGUGCGGCUGCUGCGGGAGUCCGACGAGCAUCCGCACGUGGUGCGCUACUUCUGCACGGAGCGGGACCGGCAGUUCCACUACAUCGCCAUUGAGCUGUGCUCCGCCACGCUGCAGGAGUACGUGGAGAGCCCCAGCUUCGAGCGCCGUGGGCUGGACCCGGUGUCCGUGCUGCGUCAGACCAUGUCGGGGCUGGCCCACCUGCACUCCCUCAGCAUCGUGCACCGUGACCUGAAGCCCUGUAACAUCCUCAUCUCUGUCCCGAACUGCCACGGGCAGAUCCGCGCCGUCAUCUCCGACUUCGGCCUUUGCAAGAAGCUUCAGGGGGGCCGGCAGAGCUUCAGCCUCCGCUCCGGGAUCCCCGGCACUGAGGGCUGGAUCGCGCCCGAGGUGCUGCAGGAGGCCCCGAAGGAGAACCCUACCAGUGCUGUGGACAUCUUCUCAGCCGGGUGCAUCUUCUAUUACGUGGUGUCGGGGGGCCAGCACCCCUUUGGGGACAGCCUGCGGCGCCAGGCCAACAUCCUGGCGGGUUGCUACCAGCUGAGCUGCCUGCAGGAGGAGGCUCACGACAAACUCGUUGCGAGGGAGCUGAUUGUGGCGAUGAUCAGCUCCGAGCCCCAGCGCCGGCCCUCGGCCCCUGUGGUCCUUGUGCAUCCCUUUUUCUGGAGUCAGGAGAAGCAGCUGCAGUUCUUCCAGGACGUCAGUGACCGUGUGGAGAAGGAGCCAGCCGAGGGGCCCAUCGUCUCAGCCCUGGAAUCAGGGGGACGGGCGGUGGUGCGGACCAACUGGAGGAUGCACAUCUCCCUCCCGCUUCAGAUGGACCUGAGGAAGUUCCGCACCUACAAGGGGGGGUCAGUGCGUGACCUGCUGCGGGCCAUGAGGAACAAGAAGCACCACUACCACGAGCUGCCGGCUGAUGUGCGGGUGGCCCUGGGCUCCGUCCCUGAGGGCUUCGUGGAGUACUUCACCUCCCGCUUCCCGCGGCUGCUGCUGCACACGCACGGGGCCAUGCGGGUCUGCGCCCAUGAGCGCACCUUCCACUCCUACUACUGCCAGGGCCUGAGGGGCGACGGCGCCUGAGGGCUGCAGGUCAUGCCCGAGGGCCAUGGAUCAUGCCUGAGGGCCGCGGGUCAGGCCCGAGAGCCACGGGUCAGGCCCGAGGGCUGCAGGUCAUACCCGAGAGCCACGGGUCAGGCCCGAGGGCCGUCACGGGUCAGGCCCGAGAGCCACGGGUCAGGCCCGAGGGCCGUGGGUCAGGCCCGAGGGCCGUGGGUCAGGCCCAAGCCUGUGGCCGCUGUUCCCCGCCCGGGCCAUCUAUCGGUGUCCUGCUGCCAGCCAGGCGAGGGCUCAGCGGGCUGGGCACCAGGCAGCACCGUGCUCUCACCUGGGGGACCCUCUGGGCAACCAACACUGCCAGCACACGCAGUCAGACUCAGUGUUUGAGUCAAACUCACAGUCAGACAGAUGUGAAAGCAUUUGGGUCUGAAAACAAAGACAUCUCAGGUGGACACAGUGCUUAGAGAAGAAAGAGGAAAACACGUUGUGUUUUCACAGUGGGGCCCUGGCGCAGCGACGCCCUCAGGCUGCCAAUGGCGCUGGGGGACAUCCACCAGGGACAGAAAGAUUUGUGCCUUGGGUUCUCUCCUGUGCCAGGGGAUGCAGGUCCUUGAGCUGUGCCCAGGAGCAGGCCCCCAGUCCUGACACCAGAGCUGCCCCUCAGCCACAGGAGGGCUGUGCUGGCCAGGCCAGGCCCAGCAGCCACCCUGGGGCCGGGACCUGCCCGUGGCACUGGGCUGUGGGGGCACAGCCCCGCCAUGGAGGUGUGAAUCUCAGCUGGGCUCAGAGCAGCUCUCUCCCUUAGGGGCCCCAGCAGCCUGUACCUGUGCCAGGCCUGGUGGCACAGCAGUCCAGGAGCAGUUGUCUCUGGGCACAAAGGAGGGAGUUCUUUGCUCCCAGGAUCCUUCUCUCAAAGACAGGCCUAUGCCUGCAGCUCCCCCAGCCUCUCCUGCUGCCCAGGGCAGGUAGCCCAUGGGUGCUCUGGUUCAUGGCAUGCCCACGGGCAUGUGGGCCCUUCGAGCCAGCCUCCAGCACCAGCUGAGCCCAUGGACACAGAGAGCCCCACAGCAAAGCUCCUCUGUGGAACAACAAUAAUUCUGUAUAGUUUGAUUCCUCUGUGUACUGGGGUGUGGGAUUUUGUUACACAAGUAACAGGG